UUAAAAAAAUAAUAACAAAAUAAGAUGACUGACGCAAACAAAACGUAUGUGAAUGUAUCGUAAUUUCAUAAUAAUUUUCACUGAUUAAAUCUUUGUUGUUGAUAAUUCUUCGGAAGAUUUUUGUAUGUAUACGGAAAAAUCUUAAAAACCUCGACUACUGAAUAAGCACAAGUGGGUUCAACAAAAUGGUGAAAGAAGACAUAUUGCUUGGACUCGACAUGGGGAGACUAGAAAUAGAACCACUUAAAGUUAAUAAAUGUAGAAAUCAAGAUGGUGACCUUGAACCAAAAUUUAUUUCAAGAAACAUUCAUAAGAAUAGUUUUAUACAGCAAAAAUGUUGUUGUCCUUCUUUAAGAAAGCGAACAAAUGUAGCUAUUUCCAAAAGAAAAACAAGCAAAAUUCUCAAAGAACCAAUGCUGCGAAUAUUGAAAUGUGGGAAUGGUCAUGGUAUUUUAAGUACAGAGAGUCAAUCACAUUUACAAUAUAAUGUCUUAAAUUCUGACACAUUAAAUUUAUGCACUCUUGUUCAAAACUGCAAUCAAUUAAAAAUAUCCUCAGACUCAAAUGAAAUACAUAAGGAAGAGAAAAAUAUCAGUAAUGAAACUAAGUGGUGGAGAAAUGAUAUUUCUGCAGCCAAAGAGAACAAAGAGGCUAGGCAAAGUAAUAACACCAGCAGUUGCUCUCAGCAAGCUCUCAAUCCACCUUGUGAUGUUACUAUUGAUGAACUGGCAAGUUACUUUGAAACAUUAGUUCACAUACCUAAGAAGAUGUCAUCUAUGGCUGAAAUGAUGUAUAUUUAAUUGUAUUUUUUUUUCUGAAUGGUACAAUGUGGUCCAAUACAUUAUUUUUACUUUUAAGUUUCCUAUGUGUGUAAACCUGGUGUCACUUGUUAAAUGCCAUGAUAUGAAGCUGGGUUUCUCUAUUUGGGAUGCAAGCACACCCAGGGUUUAAGAAUAAAAUCAUGAUAUGUUAAUAAAAUUCUCAUAAUGACAGCUAACUGGUUGGUCACAGAUACUUGUGAGUUGUGGCAGUCUUUGUAACAAGAAUGAACUUCAGCAAUAUUAUAAAUUUAUUUGUGAUAUAAUACUGCAUAAUUUAUGUAUACUUUUCUUUUAUGUAUUUACCAUCUUUUUUUCUAAGAGAUAUGCCAUUGUAUUGGUAAUUUUAGGGACAUGUGGGGCUACAACUUGGUAGUUAUCCUAACACAAGGAUAUGUAAAUACCAGAGAGAAUGGUGGCAUAUUUUCUGUUGUAUUUUUGUUUGAAAUCAAUUAAACUUUAAUUACGAACAAUAUAAUUACAAACAUACCAAAAAAUAAACACAUGUAGUCAGUUAUGAACUGAAAAUAAUUUAAUGUAAAUGUAAAAAAAUGGAUUCAUUUUACAUGAAGAGACUGGCAAAAUAAAUGUGAGGUUCUGAUAUUCUUUCAUAUUUGCAGUUCUAGUUGAUGUUAGCAUGAAGAUUAAUUUUUUUUUUUGUAUUUAUGAUUCUAAUAUAAAAUUAUGGGCUUCUAAAGAAAUUAGGUCAGAGAUGUAAGGUUUUUUCCGAAACUGUUUUUAAAUUAACUAGUUUACAAUAAAGUUUUAGUAUAUUUUUUAAAGAGUCUAAACUCAUUUGUCUCCUCAAUAAGGAUUACAGAAAAUCCCACUACCUCCUUACAUUGUACAAAGCCAUUACAUAGUUAAUCGAGAUUACAUUAAUUAGUAAUUGGAAUUACGCGAUUACUUUGCGAGUUCGUUCCAUCUUUAUUCAUAUUUGAAAAAGAUCCUAAAAUCUAAUUUAAAGUAAAAAUAUGUUGCCUUAAACCUAAUUUUGAGAAUUUUCCUAAAAUCACAACAAAUUUUCAAAUACAUGUCCAAAAUCUGAUUUAUAAAUCAAAAUAAAACUAUAUGUUGAAUGAUGUACACAUUUUAUUUCAUCCAUUGAAUAUUCAUAGAUACAUGGGAAAAAAGUAAUCGUUAAUUAAUCAACCAAAUAGAAAUACUAAAUUGCGUUUGUAAAUCCAAUUAUAACAAAUUACAAAAUGAUAAUGUAAGCUUUUAUUGAAUUUAGGGACAACUUAUGCCGGCGAUUAGCAAUUGUUAUCCCGAUUAUAUUUUGUAAUUGUAAUCCCGAUUACAUUUUGUAAUUGUAAUCCCGAUUACAUUUUGUAAUUGUUAUCCCGAUUACAUUUCCUAAUUGUAAUCCCGAUUACAUUUUGUAAUUGUAAUCCCGAUUACAUUUUGUAAUUGUAAUCCCGAUUACAUUUUGUAAUUGUAAUCCCGAUUACAUUUUGUAAUUGUAAUCCCGAUUUCAUUUUGUAAUUGUAAUCCCGACUACAUUUUGUAAUUGUAAAAUAAAUAAAAAUCUAUUUAGAGAAGUUGUUACAAUUCUCGUUCUAAGUGUUUAUUAGAAGAAAAAAUAUCAUAUCUACGCAAUGAACCAUUUGCAUUUACUGUAAAUUAUAGUUGAAGAAGCGACCCCCGAAAAACUUUUCAUUUAUGACAUAAUUUUUUUAAAAGCCCAUAAUUUUAUAACUACACGUCAAAUAAAAACAAUAAGUACCAAAUAUACACGCUCACAUCUACUAAAAUUGCAAAUAAGAUGAACAUUAAUGAAUUUCAGAACCCCACAUUUAUUUUAUCAUUUCUUUCCCUGUUCGCUUCACGUAAAAUACAUCUAAGGUUAAUGCUCAAGCUGAAUCUUUUAAUACUCUCAAACAAUAGAUUGCACAAAAGUCUGGCACCAGGGUUAGGCAACAACUAAGUAUAUUCUCCUAAAAAAAUUAUCUUGCUGUGUUUUACUAAUAUGUAUAUCAUAGAAUAUGAUUAAAUGGUUAUUAUGCAAACAAAAGACAACUGACUUCAUUUGCUUUUUUUUAAGAUAGUUUUCAGUGGAUUCCAGGGUAUUGGUUUCGUGAAUACGUUUCUAUUGGUUUUGUAGAUAAAUCGACCCCCAAUACAAAGUUUUGUUAUGUUUGAAAGAAAACGGGAGUCGCAUUACCUUGUCUCGAUAUUGUGCUUAGUUACUUCUCGUGGUGUGGCAAAAGAAAAUUUUUAGACAUAAUAAAUAAUCAAACUGCUUAAAAACCAUAUAAAUCGAAUGUUUUAUGGUUCACAUAUAAGUACUUACCCAAUAUAGGCGGUUAGAUACAUAUCUAUCAAUAUAAACCUAUUAGCACAUCAUUAGGUAUUCCUACGUCUAUAAAAAGACUCACAGGGUUAUUAUUACAUAUUAUACUUUAUUGUGCUUGUCCUGAAAGUGGUUUUGCGGCUCGAUCAUUCUACCGCAAAUAUCAAAUAAAAAAUCGUACUACGCUUCUCAACCUUGGUUCACGUAGAUAUCAGAUAAGUUCUAAUAAAGUAAUCUAUAAGAUACGAUAUGUUCAUUCGUAUAAUUAUGAAAAAUCUAUAAAUAGACCUAAAUACUUUAUUGGAAA